CCUAAUGAAAAAAAGAGAAAGUUUCCAAGAUGGCGGCGGAGACCUACCUGUCCGCUGGAAAACAAUAGAAGGAGCACAGAGGGACAGAGUGAGCUCGUUUCACGGACGGGUGUCCGCUUUAAACACGCGGACGUCGCAGCUCGGGCCCUAUCCAUUAGGAGGACUGUUCACGCCGGCACCCCGGGAGAGGUCAAUUUGGAGUAUGGUUGAUAUAUUGAAAUACUUCGGUUUUAGCUAGCUAGCUAUCGUUAACACUACCCAAAACAGUGCGUUAGCAGCUAGCUGCUAACGGCUACAAGGAGGCGGAGGAUCAGCUGUUUGCCAGACAGAUGCUGUAGGAACAUCGGACAGCUACAUUCACAUGAGUGCCGCGGUGACUGAAGGCCAUUAGCAAGACAAAGGUCGCCUCCAUGGAGCCAGCACAGGAGUCUUUGUAAAGGGUGAGGGGGGGGUGAAUAGACGCCCAGAGUGAAAAAGAGCCAAAUCCAGCAUUUUAUGGACGAAACCUGAGCCGGGAGUUUACGACAAGUCUUUAUUGAUGAUGGCGGAUUUUGUUACACCGCGACACCACGCAGUGAUGGAGAAGCUCCGCCGGAGGAUCGAGCUCUUCCGGCAGCAUCACAACAGCUGUGAGAGCCGCUACGAGAACGCGGCGCUGGAGAGGCUGGACCUGGAGAGGCAGCAGACCAUUGCCCUGCACCAGCGCUGCCUGCAGGCCAAAGCCAAGCGCUCCAGCAAGCACCGGCAACCCCAGCCCAGCGGCGACCAGGCCGGCCAGAGAGCCCCAAGUGGCAGCGCGGAGCUCGGCGACAGCGGAGUGACGGCGGCGGAGCAGAGCAGGAACAGCACCCUGAUAGCGUUGCAAGAGACAGUGAAGAGGAAGUUGGAGAGUGCUGGUUCCCCACUGGGCAGAGAUCAGGUUAAUGGCUUCAGUGAUGGCUUCCCUCCCAACAAGAAGGCCUGUCUGGAAAAUGGCACCGCCAACGGCUCCCCUUUGGACUCUAAGCUGGGAAUCAGUGACUUGCUAAACUCUAAUGGGACCCACGGGCCGGCAGGGGAGUCAGUGGCUGUAGUUUCGGAGCAGAGUUCAGAUUUCCACCGGAAGGAGAUGAAGCAGGAGCCUGAUGACAUCCUGCCCAUCAUGCCACCGUCAGGAGGGGGAAACAACAGUCUGUUCCCCGACCUUAACCUAAAUGAGCAGGAGUGGACGGAACUAAUGGAGGAGCUGAACUGUUCUGUGGCCUAUGAGGACAUCCAGGACAUUCUCAAUGAUGGCUUUGAAGACCGCAAGGACCCUCUGGAGCUGGCAUCAACUCCAGGUGGUGGAGGGGCAGUUGGAGAUGGAGCAUCAGGCAGUGGUGGGGUCCAGUCAUCACAGGGCCUGCUGCCUCCAGACCUGGCCAGCGUAAAGGCGGAGUUCUCCCCAGCCUCAGCAGCUUUCGAGCAGGACUCUUGCACCGGCUCUCCACACGUCAGGUCCACUCCUUCUGGGCCUCCUCUUCACCCCACCAGCUCUCCAGCCACCUCCACCUCCGCCUCUUCCCCGGCUCUUCCUCCAAACCAGCCAGCUCCUCCACCUCGGCAACUUCAACCUCCCCCUAACCACAUCCUCCCUCCAGGCCCCCAGGUGAAAGACCUGUCCCCUGCCCAGCAGCUUAAGCAACUCGCUGCCCAGCAGAGAGUCCAUCAUCUCCAAGGCACCGCCAUGCAGCACAAACCGCCACAGCCAGGGGCUAAGUUCCACAACCAGGGGCCCCAACCUCAUCCCACACCCUGGCCCCCAAUGGCCGGUACCACGCAAAGCCCACUCGGGGGUGCAUUUGGCAUGGACAAGUCCACAAGCCCCUCUCUGUACACACAGGACUUUAAUCCCAAUGCCCAGAAGCAGUUGCUGAUGCCCGGUCAGCCCAGCAAGGGCUCUCCCAAAGCCGGGGCCUCCAGCUACAUGCCAGGGCCUGGUGGGCACCCCAAUAUGAUGGCUCACCCAAAUUCCCUCAGCCAUCCGCCUUCAGGGGGAACUCAGGGCCCCGGGGGCAUGCUGAACUACAACAACACCAAACCUCUGUCGCACUUUGAGGCAGGGCCUGGACCGCCGCGUCCCCCCAACACCCAGAGCCAGAACAAGGCAGCCCUGCUGACACUGCUGAGACAGCAGCAAAUCAAACAGAACAGCAUGAACUUCCGCCAGCACAUACCACACACGCAGGUUUUGUCACAGGACCAGAACUCCUACCCAGCUCCUCCACAUGGCCCGGGCCCGGCCAACACCAUGACAUCUGCACCUGGAAACAACGGUCUGAAUGCCCAGGCAGGUGGUGCUGCCAUGGCUGGUAACCACAGCAACGCAGCGUACCUGAACAGCCAGGCUGCCGUGGCAGCGGCGCUGAAGCAGCAGCAGCAGAUCCUGGAGCAGCAGAAGCAGCAGCAGUACAUGCAGCGGCAGCAGCUCAUGGCCGAACAGGAGAAGCAGCGACAGCAGCAGGACCAGCAGCUUCAGAGACACCUGACCCGCCCUCCACCACAGUACCAGGACCAGCCGGGUCAACAAGCCAGUCAGAACCCCUUCCCACAGCAACAGGUUAACCAGUUUACAGCGUCCUCUCAACCAAUGGGUGGUGUCAGCUCAAUGGGAGGCUCCGCCCCUGGAGCCCAGCGUAUGUUCUCUCAGAACCAGGGCAUGAUGGGGAUGAACAUGGUUCAGGGUGGGGGCCAGGCAGGCGGCGUAGCUCCACCCUCAGCAGCGAGUCAGGCCGACCUCAGUCUGACAUCCUGUGGAGGCAGGGGUGGUGGGGCGGCUGUGGACGUCCAGCAGGUGCUCUACAACAACAUGAACCUUCACCCCAACCACCAGAACCACCCUCCCCAGCAGGCCAGCCUGCAGCGCCAGCCUCUGGGCUCCAUGAGCUCCUCCUACAGGCACAGUCUUUUGGCUCAGCAGCAGCAGCAGCAGCAGCAGCAGCAGCAGCAGCACUUGAAGGCCCAGCCCAACGCUGUCAUGCUGAAGCAACAGCACCUGGUUGCUGCCGUUCGCAUGCCAGGCUCCCUGCAGAACAGCAUGGGGGUCAACCUUCCCGGCUCGAUGCCCAGCAGCAUGCAAGGGCCUCAGGGCGCGGCCUGGCAGCAGCAGCUCGCCAGCCAGCCACCCUCUGGUAGCACAGGCCUGCCACCCAACGCCUUCAGCAACCCCCCCAACGCCUUCCACAUGCAGCAGCCCCGCAUUCCCAAGAUGCAGCCAGGAGCGGCGCCCUUUGGGGCAAACCCAGGCGGGCGUCCAAUGGGUGUUCUGAACCCUGGACAGCAGAUGAUGCAGACAAACAUGGCUGCUGCUCAGCAGAGGGCACCGCCGAACACUCAGGGCCUGAGCCAGCAAAUGGCCAAUCAGCAGCAGACUCAGCAACAACAGGCCAAUCAGAACCAGGCCGUGCUCCCUGACCUGGUGGCGUUUGGGCAGCCCCAGAGUAACGGGCGCCAGGGGCUCCAAUGUAACCAAGGUUACCAGGUGAACAGGACUGCCAGUCAGCAGCAGCAGGUGUCGUUUGGAUACAACGUGGCAUCGGGGAGCUUCGCUGAGGAGAGCGAGCUGGUGGACUCCCUGCUGAAAGGUCAGAACCCCCAAGAGUGGAUGGCGGACCUGGACGAACUGCUCGCCAGCCAUCACUAGUCUCUGUGGACCCUGCUGGAACUGUUCACGACCUUCUGCAGCAGCCACGAUGACCCUGUAAUUCAAAUGAUGUAAAGGCCUGUCAGCGAGCUGGACCGCACCACCAGUGAGCUGAUGGUACAUGUCGGUCCACAGCUUUCAAGGCUUCUAUGGGUCGAUCCAUGCUGGGACGGGUUCUAAAGGAUGACACUACGUCACGUCCUCAUGUCUGAGCCGCUCCGUCCUCUCAUCAGAGAAGAUAACACCGGUUCCAAUCAGUCUGCUUUUUACAAAUAUACACGUGGUAGAACAGAACUUCAGCCUGUAAGCUGAAGAGUUCAUGGAACAGAUUGUGUACACGUAUGUGGCAGCAAUUAGACUUUUGAGUUGGUUAAUGCAAUAAAGUAAAAUCAGGAGAACACGUUUUUGUCCUACGAAAGGAUCUUCACUGCAAAGUUCAGCCACAGAAUCGAGUUGUUGCUCAGAAUCCUGACUAGACCUGAGCCUGUAAAAUCCGAGGGUCUGUCUGACCAACUGGUCGGGACUCCCAUCACAUGGUGAACGGGUUCUGGUUCUGUUCUACCUCUGUGUGCUUUUUAUAAACAAGCAGCUGACUGAGUGAAUCUACUACUGAAGCAGUGUCAGACAGCUGAAGCACCUGAAGCGCGUCGGUGCCGUUUCUUCCUUACACUGUAGCUGCUGCGAUCGCAAGUGACUGCAGGGCAGCGGCACAUAAACACGUAACAUGCUGAUUUUCAUGGAAACAAGAGGAGGCGUAAAAUUUAAAUAUCCUAUAUAAAGCAGGUUUGGUUUAGGGAAAUAAGCAGCAGCCACACAACAGUGUGACACAUUGUUCCUGAAAAGCCCCAGAUGAAAAGCAGGUCCAGCUCAUUUCUGGUCAUUACCUCAGCAGAACCCAGUUCUCCGAUCCGAGCGCUGAGCGGCUCUGCUCGGCUGGUGUUUUAACAACUCGAGGUGAAACCAAAUGCAGACUCGGAUCAGCUGAUCUGAUCUCAAUAUUUCAAAGUGUUGGAUCUCAACAUAAAAAAGCGAGGUGGAGCCAGGAGCAGCCGCCUCCUGAGCUCGGUCAAGCUUUUACCCACAGGUGACCAUGAGACCUCCAUGUCUCUGCACUGGCAGCUGGAGACACAUGGACGGCGAGACCUCCUUCCUGCUGUGAUGCUCUGUGGCAAACGACUCGGACUCUUUGACACACGGUUCAGUCCAGAACAGUUGAACGUGUUUUUGCCGUCAACUGGACGGCGACUGCUUCAGCAGAAGGCUGAAGGCGGGGGCAGCGUGGCUCCAUAACUGGUGGUUGUGGUGGGCUGUCUGGGCCCAGUUGGUGGGUCUGUGUCUACCUGUCUGUAAUGGUAGUGCUGCAAAGCCCUGACUCGGGCUGGUUUCAUGCUUUCGUUCAAAUCUCCGGCUUCCAGCUGUGCUCAGCCUCCUGGACCUCUCUGGGUUGGACUCUCGUGAGCGGCUUCUGUAAAUGUCUAUAAAUAUAUUUUUUGUAUGUAUGCCUUUCCUAAUGAUAUGGAGAAGAUAGAUGUUAUUUUUAUAUAUGAUGUUUUGUAAGUAUUUUAUACUUUUGAUAUGGUUCUCUGUAAAACAAGAGCAUUAUGUAAAUAUAGUUAUUUAGAAACAA